AUGGGGUCGCGGCUCACCUCCCCCCGGCCGAGCCUCCGCCAGAGCCGGAAGCGCGCGCUGUCCUCGUCCCCGUAUAGCGAUUCCUUCGACAUCAACUCGAUGAUUCGCUUCAGCCCCAACUCCCUCGUGUCCAUCAUGAACGGGUCCAGAUCCUCGUCGGCGAGUGGGUCCUACGGCCAUCUGUCUGCAGGAGCCAUCUCCCCGGCGCUGGGCGUCCACCCCUCCGUGGGCGCGGCGACGCACCUCCAGCAGCUCCAGGCCCACCUGAUGCGCGGGGCGUCGCUCCCCGGCUCCCCGUUCCUGGCGCCGUCCCCCCUCCUGCAGCACAGCCCCUCCACCCUGGCCACCCACCAGAGUCUGUUCUCGCUCUCCUCGCAGCCGAGCCUCCCAACCCUGCCCCCGAAGGCUGAGGUAUGGCACCUCAAGCUGGGCGAGAAGAAAGCGUCGCCCACGAUCUCCAGCACGAUGGAGGAAGAUAAGGCAUCCAAGGUGAAGAAGGAAGCGGCGAGCACUACCUCAGCGGGGGCGUGUGGCACCGGGGGGGUGAGUGCCGCUGCCAGGGACGACGACGGACUCAAGGAAGAGCCUCCGGACUUCAUCGAGACGCAUUGCCACUGGAAGGAGUGCAAUAAGGACUUCAACACGCAGGAUGAUCUCGUGAAGCACAUCAACAACGACCACAUCCACGCCAACAAGAAGUCGUUCGUGUGUCGUUGGAAGGAUUGUUCGCGAGAAGAAAAGCCGUUUAAAGCCCAAUAUAUGUUGGUCGUCCACAUGAGGCGCCACACGGGAGAAAAGCCACAUAAAUGCACGUUCGAGGGCUGCUACAAGGCUUACUCGCGCCUGGAGAACCUCAAGACCCACCUGCGAUCUCACACGGGGGAGAAACCGUACAUGUGCGAAUUCCCCGGGUGUACGAAGGCCUUUUCCAACGCUUCGGACAGAGCCAAGCACCAGAAUCGCACGCAUUCGAACGAGAAAAGUGCAGCGCAACCGUGCCCGGGGCCUUCUACGCGGUGUCUCCAAUGUAAUAACUUUAUCUACAAGUACCGGUUUUCGCCAGAAGACCGGCCAACCAGCCAUCACCACCGCUACGGCAGCCGCUUUCCGAUGCUUGAAGAUUCGAGGUUUGCGGAUCAGCAUCUCGGACAGACGUGCGGAGAUGAAGACAACGACGAUGCUCACAGGCGAAGGAUGCUGGAGAUGGCAGCGCGUAAGGAAGACGUAUUCAUCACCAAUACUUGUUCGUAUUACACUGGGAAAACACUGCACGUCGGCACUUACUCGUUAGUUAGCACAGUGACGGCACUCGAUCCACUCCAUUCAUUGAUCACAUAUUCCGCAAGGGCGCAAGAGUACGGGGGUCCCGGCAUCAGCAUCACACAACACAAGGGAGAUGAGGCAGCCUCUCCCGCGCCUCCUCGUCACAUGACAGUUCACCUUCUUCGGACCACCCAGGAAGUGUCGGGGAGCCGCCAGGGCGUAGCAUGCACUCGCUCCCCGAGCUCAAUAUGCCUGCUUAUCGGACGUUUUCGAGGUAAAUAUCCAGUGGUGUCAUGUGGAGGCGAGGUGGUGCAGGUCCCCGUGUGGUCGCUGGCUCGCUCCGACACCAACGCUAUUUCCCGCAAUCGCCGCCCCUCGCCCACCCCGGUGCGUCCGCCCGCUCUCACCUUUCGCCUCGAUCCUGCGGCUCCUACGCCCUCCUGUGGGGUCACACUCGGUCACAAGCACGCUCUCAUGCCCCUCUUCAAGGGGCGUGAGCCUACGACGUGCCCAGAGACGUGCGUGUGGGCCAAGACGAGCGCGGGCCUGACGAAACUUAAUGGAGAGAUCGCGCAGCCUUGA